ACUUUUAUUCAGGAAAAAUGUUCAUGAUGUAGAGGGAGAAAGUUUGUGAGAGAAUCUCAGAUAAUUUGCAAUAAUGAGGAUUGCAGUGCAAGGAUGCAGUCACGGAGAAUUAGAUAACAUAUACGAGUCUAUAAUACAGUCAGAGAGAGAAACUGGUAAUAAAAUAGAUAUCCUUAUCUGCUGUGGGGAUUUUCAGGCCUGCAGGAAUGAAAACGACUUGAAGUCGAUGAAAGUGCCAAAGAAACAUGCUCGAAUAGCUUCAUUCUGGAAGUACUACAGUGGGGAAAGUGUAGCUCCUUGUUUAACUAUUGUUAUAGGAGGAAACCACGAGGCAAGCAAUCACAUGUGGGAGCUCUACUACGGAGGUUGGCUUGCUCCCAAGAUUUACUAUCUAGGAUCCGCUGGAGUUAUCAACGUUGGUGGCGUACGGAUUGGCGGCAUUUCAGGUAUUUACAAGAAGUUUGACUACCACAAGGGGCACCACGAGACCCCUCCCCUCAGCCCUCCGGAGAUAGUGUCAGUGUUCCAUGUCAGAAGUUUGGAGGUUAUGAGAUGUAAAUCUUUACAGAGACCUGUUGAUGUGUUUCUGUCUCAUGACUGGCCACUUGGUGUAUACGAAUACGGCAACAAGGAACAGUUACUCCGAGCAAAACCAUUCUUUGAGGAAGAUGUUCGAAACAACGAGCUGGGUAGCCCACCAGCUGCGGAGAUACUGGAAACACUGCAACCUUGUUAUUGGUUCUCAGGGCACCUUCACGUUAAGUUCUCAGCAAUAAUACCGCACGAUCAGUUCGGAAAAUGUACCAGGUUUUUAGCGCUAGAUAAGUGUUUACCCAAGAGGAGGUUCUUACAGAUAGUUGAGAUUGGCAAGACGUUGUCAACACCUCCUGUGCUGGAAUACGACCCAGAGUGGCUCGCUAUCCUCUCUGACACUGCUCACUUUUACAACCCCCUCAAUUUCGAUCAGAAACUUCCUCCCUUUGCUAAGGUAUCAAAAGAGAGGAUAGAAGCAGUUUCGGAAAAGUUUGGAUCUAUGAUAAUCCCAGAGAACUUCUCUAUUACAGUUCCUGUGUACGGUGAAAAUGUCAGUCAAGACAGAUAUGAUCCCUCCGCAAACCCGCAGUCUAUGAUAUUCUGCGCCAAAUUAGGAAUAAAGAACGAGACGGUACCGGAGGGAUGUACAGGAAUGCCAGGAGAACUAGAUAUAUCACGUGACAGCGAGGCUAACAUGUCCCUCAAUACCUCCGCAAGAGUUACUAGGCUGGAUAACAGCGCUAUAAACUUUAUAAACGAUGAUACGCCAGCUAAGAAGAAGGAGGAGGUUCACUCCUUUAAAGAUUUUUCUGCGCCGGAGAUUAAGACCCCUACAAAGAAGAAAUCUUCAUUAAAACCCAAAUCUUCAACUCCAGUCAUCCUAAAACGGAGACUUACCCUACCCCAGCCUAAGAACAGUAGCCAGCUAUCACCCCUUAAAACAUCCCCAGAUAACCUUGAUACAGAAACUCAACCUCCGCUAAGUGAAAGUGAAAGUGUUCCCGCUAAAAAGACAAUCUGUCUCCCGGAGAUCACGUCACCAGAGGAGGCAGGGACAGCUGCUGGUCUCAUACCCCCGGGCAUGGAGGAGAAGAAAGAGGAGGAGGAGGAGGGGGAGGAGGAGGAGGAGGAGGGUUGCAUUAUCCAGAACAAAUCAUACACUGAACAAACCUCCACAAUCCCUUCAGCGGAUCAGUUUGAUCUUGAUGAAACAGAUGACGAUCUAAUGUCGAAGUUCUUGUCGCUGAAGAAGAAGUUCGGGAGAGGAGAUGAGAGUCUGAGUGACUCUAUGUUGGUUAACACUAGCAUGAGGGAGGCUAUUGUAAAGGAGGAGGGUCAGGAGGAGGAGGAGGGUUUGGGCAAUAAGAAGAAGUUUAAGAUGGAGAUUCACAACGAGCUAGAUUCAACUGACACGUGAUCAAGAAACGUGAUUCUUCUUUGUGACACGUGAUCAAGACACGUGAUUCUUCUUUGUGACACGUGAUUGUUUUUUUAGCUGGAUGAGUAUUCAUUUGGAUGUUUUUAUUUUCAGAGCUUGACCUCACGAUAUUUUAGAUGUUAAACAGAUUUUGGCUGUUCUCAAACAGUUAUUUAUUCGAGUAUGGUCGGAUGGUGCAAAAUGCAAAUUGGUUUAUCUUUCAAGGAAAACUCUAUUAGCUUAUUUCCUUGUACAAGCUCGGAGCGCGCACCUGCUAUUUUACUGGUAUACUUUGUACUUUACUUUGCACUUUACUUUGUUUAGUAUUCUACUUUGUACUUUGGUAAAUCUCUUUUUUUAGUUAUUUGGGUGGUCUAAGUUACGAGGAAUUUCUUUACUUAACUAUUUUAAUCGGUCACUGAUAUUACUUGCACUUUUAAUUUAUUGAUACUAAUUUAAAAAUUUUAACUAUAUUACAAACC